AACAUCGUUACUGCUGCUGUAGUCAUCACCUCAGUGGACUCUGGACGUGUCUGUGGGCGUCUUCCUACAAAAUUGGACAGACGCGGAGGACAGACAGAAGGUUUUGACAGCUGUAUGGGACAAAACAGUUCACAGGGUGGCAAAAUGACGACCCCUGUCCGUGUCAUCGUGGUGGGUGCUGGUUGUCGUGGGGAAUGCUUAUCCCAGUUUGCAUGGAUCCACCCUGAACGAGUUAAGAUUGUUGGAGUAGCUGAUCCAAGGAAAUUUGCUCGCACUAAACUUCAACGAGAGCACAACAUUGUAGAUGAAAACAUAUUUGAAGACUGGCCCAGUGUCAUCGAAAGAGAGAAGUUUGCAGAUGCAGUGUUAAUUUGUACUCCAGACCGCCUUCAUAAGGAACCUGCAGUGGCCUUUGCACAGAAAGGCUACCAUAUUCUGCUGGAGAAACCAAUGGCUACAACUGCUGAAGACUGCAAGGCGAUUGUGGAGGCUUGCACUCAGAGUGGAGUGAUACUAUCAGUGGGCCAUGUUCUCCGGUAUGAUCCUCUCAUCCACAUGAUUAAGGAGCUGAUAGAUGCUGGAGUCAUAGGUGAUGUGAUGCACAUUCAGCACUUUGAGCCGGUUGGGUUUUAUCACUUUGCUCACUCAUAUGUUCGAGGGAACUGGAGGAAUGAAGCAGAGAGCUCGUUUUCUCUUUUGGCUAAAUCGUGCCACGACAUCGACCUAAUACAUCACUGGGCUGGAGCACACAGGUGUUUGAAAGUGUCAUCAUUUGGAUCUGUAAGCCACUUUGGAAAAAAACACAAGCCAACAGGUGCUGGAGAUCGCUGCCUGGAUUGUGCAAUAGAAAAAGACUGUCCCUACUCAGCACGCAAAAUCUACCUGGAUAGAGUAAAACAGGGUCACACUGGCUGGCCUGUAUCAGUCAUAUGCCAGAGCUCGGACCCAGACAUCGAGUCAGUAACUGAGGCCCUGAAGACUGGACCAUAUGGCCGCUGUGUCUACGAGUGUGACAAUGAUGUCUGCAGUAACCAGGUUGUUAACAUGGAGUUUGAAGGGGGUCUGACAGCAGCCUUUUCCAUGGUGGCUUUCACUGAGGAGAUUUGCAACCGAAAAACAACCAUCUAUGGCAGCAAGGGGGAGCUGUCAUAUGACAGCCAUGAAAUCCGUGUGUUUGACUUUCUGACCCAAAGAUCAACAACGCACAAGCCACACAAUGACGCCCCUAAGCACUUUGACAUAAAAGGACAUGGUGGAGCAGACUACCAUCUAAUGGAUGCUUUUAUUUCUGCUGUGGCGAACAACGAUCCGUCCCUGAUCCGCUCAGGUCCUGAGGAGACACUGCAGAGCCAUUUGCUGGUGUUUGAAGCUGAGCGGUCACGGCUGGAGAGCAAGGUGGUGUACUGUGGCAACAUUGGCCAGAGCUAGAAGACUGAAAAACUUCACAUGAAAAUGACUGUACUCGAAAAAUCAAACACGAAAAUGAUACUGGGAUGACUUAAGACAAAUUAGACUGAUGAAUAUAGGGCCAAAUCAUGAAGUGUAUUGAAGCUGAUUGUUUUGUUCAUAUUGCUCAGGGAUUUUAAUACUGUGUGUGUAUGUGUGUGUGUGUGUUUAUGUGUGAGUGAACCUGUUAAGUCUUGAAUUAUAAGUAAUAUGCCAAGAACUUGAUCAUUUAUUGCUCAGCAUGUCAUAUUGUUAUCAUUGUUGGUUAACUAGAUCAUGUAAUCAUCCUCAUAAUUUCUAGUAAAAACCUGAAAAUUUAAAUUGCUUUUGAAUCAUUGUUUGCUCUAAAUGUCAUCCAACAAACACAAAAUUCUUUCCCACCUGUGUCAGUGUGUAGAAUACAUCUCAGGAUAUUCAUGAAUGCUUAAAGUUUUGUUGCUCAUUUUUUCUGUCUCUCUGAACAGCUUCUUGAAAUAGAAAGUAAAAAAACACUACUGAGCUAUGGAGACAAUACUUAAAAUAUCGAAAAUAAAUGUAUUGAAUUUAUAGGUACCACUAGCUGUGAAGAUUUGCACUCUAACAUACAAUAAACAUAAACAUGCCA